UUGAAAUUCUUCGAAAAGUCUGAUAUAAUUGAUAUUCAAUGCAACAAGCUUCUUGAUUGGUUAAUAAGUCGAAGGCAUUGCAAUAAAGACUGGGAAAAAGGAGUCAUGGAUAUUCGGAGAAGGAUCGGUGAAGCAGUCCAAGAUAUGCCUGAAGAUGAGAAGGUUGUUGAUUUGCUGAAAGGCCAAUAUAUACAUUACUUUCAAUGCCUGAAAAUUAUUGAAAUUCUGAAAGAAACUGAAAAAGAUAGUAAAAAUUUUCUUGGCUUUUAUUCUUCUCAAAGGAUGAAUGAUUGGUUGCAAAUUUGUCAAAUGUAUGAAAAAGAUAAUAUAGGCCUAGCCGAAGCAUCUCAGAUGUUAAUCAGACUUGUACAUUAUAAAAUACCAGAUUUGAAACGGCGAAUACAAAAAUGUGAUCAAAAUUUAAUCAUUUGUGAAUUAAAAGAAAAAGAUUAUAAUAAGUUGGCAGAAGAAGCACGGCGGCAAUAUGAAAAAGAUUUGCAAAAAAUGGGGAUAAAAGGUAAAAAUAUAAACUAUGAAAUUUCUGAACUUGUUAUGGAUUUACCAAAAUUUUUUAAUGAAAUAGCUCAGGAAAUUUACUCAUUGAAGGACGCAAUAGACUAUUAUGAUGACUUCAGCAGAUAUUUGCAUGAGUUAAUCAAUUCGUGGCUGCACCAGGUGCAAAAUUUGUUGAGGAAAUUAACAGAUCCGCAGAAAAGUCUUCUUUAUAAAAUCCGAUCAUCACAACAUCAUUUAAAAAUGAUCGCUGAAUCGUUUGAACACAAAUUUUCUCUAGAAGAGCGUUAUAAAAACUUAGCACAACUCACAGUAAGCAAUCAGGUUGGUAUACGUAAUGCUAGGAAUAUAUUAGAAGCUGAAUUAAAUACUAUGGUCGAAUCAACACGUUUUUUGCAGAAAGAGAUUGAAAAGGAAAUAUCGCAAAAGUACAAUGGACGAAGAGUUAAUAUUAUGGGUAGCGUAACAGCUGCAUUAUCAUCCGUAUAA